AAUGACACUAAAAUUAAAUGCAUUCGCAUACUCCGGUCAAAAUUUAAUGUAAAAUGGAGUAUAUAUCGGGCUUGUGCGUCUUCUUCGGCCAAAUAUGCAUAAAGUACUGCAAGUACAGCACACCGCUGGUCAUCGACAUAACCAUGGACCAGUUUCUACUAGAAUCCGUGGUCAUAGUUUUGCACGCGUUGGUUCAGUUCUUUCUGGUCGUGCAUUUCAUUAUGUGGAAGGUGGAGGCCGAAGACCUGGCAAAGUACCAGAGAGAACGGGAAAGGUUGAAUGCAGCGGUGCAGCCCAUUCUGGAUCACGUGCCGAGUGGCACUUCGAAUAUAUCCGCUGUGCCGGUUGACGAUCCCGAAAUCACCGAAAAUUUUUGCCAUCUCAUAACCAUGUCCGCUUCGCAAUACAAGGAACUACAAAGCGGCGCCGUGAUUCCGAAUCCUUCGAAUGACGAAUGAUGAUUUCGCUGUGAAUUUCAGUUUUAUUUUGAAGACUGAGAUUCUGACGUUGUAAAUUUUUGUUGAUACACUUUCCGAUUUUUAAAUAUUUGAAUAGAAGAAACUGAUGAAUAAAUUAUGAUGCUUUAUAAGUGCAAAUUUUCUGAAAUUUACUGAUUCGAGGGCAAGUUUAUAAGGAUUUUAUAUUGUAGGUCAUUUACAUUUGAUUAAAUAAACAC